UCCGCGCUCUAGGCGGGGGGUUUCAGCAGGCGGUGGGCGGAGCUAUCCCGGAGAAUGCAGUCACGUUAUAGGCGUAUCCCAGAGGAGGGAGGGCGACGUCACCAAGCGGGAGGGGAAUCCCGGCUCGAUGAUGGCGGCUCCCGGCAGGGCGAGCAGCUGAGAGGACAGGGCGCAGCCGCCGGGACUUCACCCUUCCCCCCUCCCAAAAAGAGAGGACUCCCCGAUCGCCCCCAAACUCCGGGGAUCAUCCCGGACCCGCCCCGGGGGACACACACAGAUCCUCCUGACCAGAAACCUGCCGAAAUUUUUGAAACCAAAACUUUUCCCCAAAUUGAAGAAUAUUGAAGUUCCUCCUUCGGUUUGGACUCUUUUCUCUGGAUACAUGAAGCUGCAGAGAUCUUUGUACACCGCAGAGCCAGGAUUCUGGACGAGGGCCGAGGAGUGCUAAGUGACGAAGGACAGAUUUAGCAGGCGGCGGCCGGGUCAUGUGUCACUUUUGUGUUGGGAAAUACCAUGUGGUUGUAACGUGAAAGAAGGGAACCGGGGAGGGGGGGCGGGGGGGGGGUUAUAGGAAAGGCUUUCACCUGCUCUGCAUAUGUUGUUUUUUCUUGGCACCUCCACGGAAUAUUCUGCACAAUAAAGUCAUCAUUGCACCUCUGCUGAGGAUAUCCGGAUUAGCUGUCAUGCGAUAGGGACCCUGGGGACCUCUACGUCGGAUGUUGUGUAUCGUUGUCUCCUGGAUUAUUCUAUCUUUUUAUAUCGGAGGGAUUGGUGUUCUGGGAAUAUAUUGAUGGGGACGUCGUACCCUCAGAAGGAGUGAUGGAGUAGGACGGAGCUUGCGGACGUUAAGCGGUAAAUUUAGAUCCGUGGGUUUGGAUUGAAGGUAAAGAUGGCGGGAGCCUCGGUGAAAGUUGCUGUCCGCGUCCGGCCCUUCAACUCUCGGGAGUACGCACACGAUUCCAAAUGCGUCAUCCAGAUGCAAGGCAACACUACCUGUAUUUCAAACCCAAAACAGCCCAAAGAUGCUCCAAAGAACUUCACAUUUGACCAUUCCUAUUGGUCGCACACUAAAGAGGAAGACCCAACCUUCGCUUCCCAGCAUCAGGUGUACAAGGACAUCGGCGAGGAGAUGCUCUUGCACGCGUUUGAAGGAUAUAACGUCUGUAUCUUCGCCUACGGACAGACGGGGGCUGGAAAGUCCUACACCAUGAUGGGGAAACCCGAGCCGGAGCAACACGGCAUCAUCCCCCAGUUAUGUGAAGAUUUAUUUGCCCGGGUCAGCAGUAACAAGAGCCCCGAUCUGUCCUACUCUGUGGAGGUCAGCUACAUGGAAAUCUACUGCGAGAGAGUCCGGGAUCUGCUGAGCCCCAAGAGUAAAGGGAACCUGCGGGUCAGAGAGCACCCCAUCAUGGGCCCCUACGUGGAGGACCUGUCUAAGCUGGCAGUGACUUCCUACGACGAUAUCGCCGACCUCAUGGACUGCGGGAAUAAGGCCAGGACUGUCGCCGCCACCAACAUGAAUGAGACCAGCAGCCGCUCGCACGCCGUCUUCACCAUCGUCUUCACACAGAAGAGACACGAUGAGAUGACCAACCUAGACACCGAGAAGGUCAGUAAGAUCAGUCUGGUGGAUUUGGCCGGCAGCGAGCGGGCCGAUUCUUCGGGGGCAAAAGGAACCCGACUUAAGGAAGGAGCCAACAUCAACAAGUCGCUGACUACGCUGGGGAAGGUUAUUUCCGCCUUGGCUGAAAUGCAAAACAAGAAGAAGAAAUCUGAUUUUAUCCCGUACCGGGACUCCGCCCUCACCUGGCUCUUGAAGGAAAACCUGGGAGGAAAUUCCCGUACCGCCAUGAUUGCAGCGCUGAGUCCAGCGGAUAUCAACUACGAGGAGACGCUGAGUACCCUCCGGUACGCCGACCGGGCCAAGCAGAUCAAAUGCAACGCGGUCAUUAACGAGGAUCCCAACGCCAGAUUGAUCCGGGAACUGAAGGAGGAGGUGCUCAGACUGAGACAGCUGCUGUUCAGCCAGGGACUGGCGGAGCUGACCGCAGACGAAGGUGCGUCCGUCCCCAACCCCUCGCCGCAAUCCGCCGCGCCUGCCACUCCGCCGCCUAAGUUGGGAUCCCCGCCCCCUCUGUCCCCGCCCGCCGUGAACGGUCAGGCGGAGCCUUUCUCGGAGGUGGUGGAAGAAGCCGAGAUCUGUACGGAGGAGGCCAUAGAGAGGCUUCAGGAGACGGAGAAGAUCAUCGCGGAACUCAACGAGACGUGGGAGGAAAAAUUGCGCAAGACGGAGGCCAUCCGUAUGGAGAGGGAGGCGCUGUUGGCGGAAAUGGGUGUGGCUGUAAGAGAAGAUGGCGGGACGGUGGGCGUCUUUUCCCCAAAAAAGAUCCCUCACCUGGUCAACUUGAAUGAAGACCCGCUCAUGUCGGAGUGCCUGCUCUACCACCUGAAGGAGGGGGUCACCCGGGUGGGUCAGGUAGAUGUUGACAUCAAGCUGAGUGGCCAGUUCAUCAAGAAGCAGCACUGCCUAUUUCACUGCAGCACAAAUGAUAAUGGAGAAGUCAUUGUCACCCUGGAGUCUUUUGAGGGGGCCGAGACUUACGUCAAUGGAAAGCAGGUGACCCAACCAUUGGUCCUGAAAUCAGGAAACCGGAUAGUGAUGGGGAAGAACCACGUCUUUCGCUUUAACCACCCGGAGCAGGCGCGGCUGGAGCGCCUGGAGAGGGAGAGAAAUAACACCACGGUGGAAAAUCAGACCGAACCCGUCGACUGGAACUUUGCCCAGCGAGAGCUUCUGGAACAACAAGGGAUCGACAUCAAACUGGAGAUGGAGAAACGGUUAUUUCCAUUACAAGGGAUGAACAACAUGGCCGCAGCACACAGCACACUUGGGACGGCACAGUCGACAGACUCCGCAGACUCGGCACAUCACAGUACUAAUUUUGCGCCCCCACACGACGCCACUGCCGGCGGGCCCCCUAUCAUGACCGGGCCCUCAGACCACGGCCGAACUGACCGAGAUAGGCGGUUGCAGGAUCUGGAGGUCCAGUAUAAGAAGGAGAAAGAGGAGGCCGAUCUUACCCUGGAGCAGCAGAGACUGUACGGGGAUUCGGACAGCGGAGACGACUCGGACAAGCGUUCCUGCGAGGAGAGCUGGCGCCUCAUCUCCUCCCUCCGGGAGAAGGUCCCCCCGGGCAAAGUGCAGGGCAUCGUACGACGCUGCGGGCUCCCGAGCAGCGGCAAGAGACGGGAACCCCUCAGGGUGUACCAGAUCCCCCAACGCCGGCGCCUGGGCAAAGACCCGCGGUUCCUGACCCUGGCGGACCUGAAGAUGCAGGCGGUGAAGGAGAUCUGCUAUGAGGUGGCACUGAACGAUUUCAAGCACAGCAAACAGGAGAUCGAGGCCAUGGCCAUCAUCAAGAUGAAGGAGCUGUACAGGACGUACGGCCAAAGGGACGUCAGCGACAAGGAGGGCUGGAAAGCCGUGGCCAGUGAUGUCUGGGAUACCGUCGGGGUGGGAGAGGAGGAUUCUGGGAGCAAAGGCGGGGUCCAGGAUCUGAAGGCGCACAUCGACAAACUCACCGACAUCUUGCAGGAGGUAAAAAUUCAGAAUAAUAUGAAGGAUGAAGAGAUCCGGGCUCUGAGGGACCGCAUGGUGAAGAUGGAGAGGGUCAUACCAGUGGCACAGGAUGAUCCGGGAGAAGAGUACUUGGAAGACCAGCCUUUCUGGUGCUCCAGCGAAUCGACAGAGAGUCUUCAGAACUCCCCCAGCCACUCCCCCAAGGCUGCCCGCGUUACCAACCUCAUGGAAGAUGACCCGACCUUCAAGCGGGGGAGGAUGAGGUGGCUGAAGCAGGAGCAAGGCCGCUUCCAAAACCUGCAGCAGCAGCAGAUCACACGGGCCCUCCGCCGCCCGCCGGGCACAGGGAAAUUCAUCCCGCCCCUGGACUGCAAACUCCGCUUUCCCUUUAAGAGCAACCCUCAGCACCGCUUCUCCUGGGCGCCGGGCACCACCUACGUGGUGGAAGAUCUAAACAGCCCCUGGUCAGGAGAGAAACGUGGCGGGGAAGGCGACGAGGAGAGGCGUAACGAGCGCCCCCAGCAGAGGCGCCAAGAAGACGGCGACCCUCAGAGACAGAGACGAAACUCGCUGGACGGAGGGUCGAACAGAGGAAGGAGGCCCAACUAUCCCAACAACCGCCAGAGCGGCGGCGGCGGGGACGACGGUCAACAGUUCACAAGGAGGCCCCAGAGCAGGGAGGGCGAUGGAGGGGAACAGCAAAAACGCCACCACCACCACCCCCCAUCGCCGCAGGAGCGCCCUUACAAGUACCACCCUUACACCGCCCCGCCCAGGAUGCGACGCCAGAACUCCGCCCCCAACUUGUGUGACAUGGAAAGCCCCGUCUGAGUUAAAAAAAAUAAAAUAAAAAAAUGGUCAUGAGAUGGUCGCGAGUGGGGGGGGGAACCGGCUUGGUGGAGGUGAGCGGAGGACGCGGUAGAAAGGAACAAGUUACGUCGGGAACGGACGCGAAGGUUGAGAAGAGAAAGACGAGCGGAAGUUGUUUUUUUUUCUUUUUUAAUCUUGCGCACAUCGGAUUUGGAAGGUCAGAGGAUGAAGGCUCCGAGUUUUUAUUCUGAACUUUUUGAAGUGUUGGUUUUAAGUUUUAAUUUUUUUUUUUUUUUAUUAUUCUUUUACGUGGAAUUUUUGUUUUUUGUGACUUGAUUGGCCUGCAGCAGCUGCUAUAAGUAAGGAACACAACACUACUACGAGGGGGCACUAUAAGAUCGCCAUGGCUCAUUGAGGGGGGGGGGGUAUACAGUGCCGGGCAGUGGUUCCCCGAAGACGUACUUGUUACCCCCCCCCCCCCGCCAGGCCAGGGUCUCCCCCCUCGCCAUAAUAUACUGUAACAAGAGACUGUUAGAACUCCUUGUGCACUGAGUGAAGAUUAAUGAUUCGCUAUGUGUGUGCGUGUAUAUCCAUCUAUCAUUGUGUGUAUAUAUACAGAAGAGCUUCAUACAAGUAUCAAUGCUUGUAGUUUGCAUUGCCCAUGGGAUGCCUGGUUGUGUUUUCUGGCAGGGGUUUAUCCAUCAGCCCCCCCCAAGGCUGAAAUGAAGGUGUCUCUAACACAGGGCUCGACAAAUCCCGGGCGCC